GGUAACAACGUCAUACGAGUUCAUGCUGAAGAUGGAGAUUUUGGGGACCAGCGUAACAUCUCCUAUAGUUUUGUAACAGAUAUGCCCUGGGUAUCGUUUUUUACUAUGAACGCUACAAGUGGAGAGAUAAUAUUAGCCCAACCAAUCAGCGAGUUAAGACAGCAGUACGGAACUUCUGCUCCAUUACUACUUGGUGUGAGGGCUAGAGAGAUAGCUUCAUCAGGAGUUCCACCAAUGGACACAACUGCUGAGGUGGCGCUGGUGUUAGUGAACACUGAAAAUCAUCCUCCUAAGUUCGCCAGUACUCGAUAUGAAGGCACAAUUGAGGAAGGAAGUCCAGCGCUCACCGCAGUUCGAUGGGAGGGCGCCACUAUCUCCCGCAUCACAGAUAACGAUCAAACAAGCCAUCAUUUCUGGCGACGUCUUUGGAGACAUCACUUUAUAAGCAAUAAAGUUCUUAGGCACAAAACAUAUCCAGUUUUAGAAUAUGCCACUUGA